UCAAAAAAGUUUAUUAUCUAUGCCUUUGGACAUGUGUCAAUUUUUAUAAUAUUUACGCAAAGUAUUAUUUGGGAUGGCUGAUGACGAUGAUGAAGGAGGCUUCGGUGGUCUCUAUGAAGAUGGCCAUUGGGCUUGGGAUGAAAAAACCGAAGCUUUAGUUUUUGUGAGUGACCUCCCACCAAAACCAGUCGAAGCUAUUCACAUCCCUAUAAAAGCACCAACAGGAACAGUAGAAUUUAGGGAUGACGUAGACCUCAUAGAACAAAUUAGAUUUAGAAGACGCUACCAGCGGAAGCUCAAGUCAGGACAGCCUGACAUCAUCACCAUUCAAGAUGUGAAGGAUAUCGCAAUAUACACAGCCCCAGUCAGCAUUUUAAGCCCCGUACUAAUAAAUAUACUACAUCUUCCAACUACGGAGAGGUUCAUUAGGGCUCUUACAUUCUGCUGCCAGUAUUAUUUACAAAUUGCAGAUGAAAUGGCCAACCGUAUAAUUGAAUUAGAGACUAAAGUGAGAACGCCUCAGUGCGAAAUCCUUGAGAGCGAGUUCCGAGACAAUUUGUCCGACUUAAGAUUAUUGGUUGCUAAGGAAUAUAGUACUAUGUUGAUUGGUGGCGGUGAUAUGAAAAAAUUUCAUCACAUGGGACCUCAGAAGAAGCGUCGAUCUUUAUCGGACAAAGACGCACGACUUAUUGAAACUUUGUUACGUAUGUGUGUCCAAAUUGUGUGGCUGGCUCUUGGUCGUAAGUCGUUCAAUCAGAUAGAACUGGAAGUCAACCGCGUAUUCAAAUCGGAGAUAUUCAACGCGGUGGAGCAUAACCUUCACACUGGCUAUAUAAAUAAAAUGAGUCGGGAAGAGCGGGCAGUGUUGCUCGGCAGAUGUUUGAGACAUGACAAGAAGUUGAAUACAUGUUCACCGCUAAUGAAUGAGGUGUUCUGCCACAGGGAGAUUGAUUAUCGUCUGAUGGGGCUAGGAGUUAUAAAGUGUCCUCUACUGACACCUCGGCUUCAUUACAUGAAAGAAGCAGUCUCAGGCCCUGAAGAAAGAUUAAGAGAACUUGGCAUUGUGUUGGGUAUAAUUGGAAUGCAUCGGUCCUCAUUCGAUACAAUGUUGAAGCCUUUACCCACGGCUAGCGAAGGAAAAUCAAAAGCUUCAGUAUCUUCACGAUCUCAAAGUCAUGCAUCUAAAUCGAGUGUUAGUAGUACAAUGAGAAAAAGCCAAACAACAGCUCAGAAGAUAUAUCCCGACAUUGUUCUUCCGCGGAAGGAGUCUAGAAUUCUGUCAUUACCACCGUCAUUCCCCGAUGACCCCGAAUACAUCCGGCCCUGCAGUGAAACACAAAGACGAAAAUGGCAAACAAGACUCGUCAAGCUCCUCCACCCUUAUGGGAGAUAAUUUUCUAUUUACAUUUUACCUCUAUAGCUGUUUAUUAAAUAUUGUUAAUUUUAUAGUCUUUUCACUUUAUUUCUCUACAAAACUUAAAUAAAUGCGCAUUUAUAACGACUUGACAAGGAAUUACGUUAGAUGUUACGCAGACGAUUAGUGGUGGCUAAAGCGUGCAACUGUCAUCACUGAGAUGGACUACUUAAGUGCGCAUUUAACACGUGAAGUGAAAACGUAAGUCAUGACUUCGCCAGUUGCUUUACGCUUAAAGCCGUCAUUUGUUUUUUUAAUAGGCAUGUCACUCUAUUAAAAAAACAAAUGACGACGUAACAGAUCAUAUCACAUUGUGGAAUAAAAUUUGUAAUUCGUCGAUAUGAUCUAUCAACACGCAUUGUACGAUAAUACAGACCAUCUAUUUUUUUCCGAACCAAUGUAAAAGAUAACGAA